UCACUAAACUCAAUUAUUCAUUCUCAUACUCUCUCUCAGUCUCACCAACUCACAUUUUCUUCCUUCUCCAAAAUUCCCUUUUUCAAAAAGCAACUUUCUCUGUUCUGGAUCCUUCAUGAUCCGAAGCAAGUAAAGGAUCGAGCUUUGGAUAAUUGAGGAAGAUGGGUUGCAACCAAUCCAAGAUCGAGAACGAGGAGGCGGUGGCACGCUGCAAAGACCGCAAGCACUUCAUGAAGGAUGCCGUCUCCACCCGCAACGCCUUCGCCGCCGCACACUCCUCCUACGCCACCUCCCUCAAGAACGCCGGCGCCGCCCUCAGCGACUUUGCCCACGGCGAGGUCCAGAAUCCCCACCUCACCGACCUCCCUCACGCCGGCGGUGCCGCCCCCGGAACCUCCUCCCUCCCGGUAGGCCCGCCACCGCAGCCCUUUGAGAACCUCCCACCGCCGCCCCCUCCCAGCUUCUCCGACGCCCCUCCCCUGCAGCGCGCUGUCAGCAUGCCGGAGAUGAAGAUCCCCAAGCCAGAGCCCAAGCCCAAGCCCAAGCCCAUCAUGGAGGAGGACGAGGAGGACAAGGAUUUGGAGAAUGAAGGGUCUUUGAGGAGAAGAAGAAGCAAAAGGGGCGGAAGUAGUGGUGGUGCGGCGAAUAGUAGAAGAGUGGAGGAGGAAGAAGAGGCUCCUCCUCCUGUGCCACCUCCAAUGAAACAACAUCACCAACAGCGAGAGGCAACAACUGAGAGGGACCAUGUGAUUCAUCAUCAUACCAUGUCACAGCCACAACAACAGAGUGCUGCUUGGGAGUACUUCUUUCCAUCCAUGGAGAACAUUGCAGGGACCACCUUGAAUGAGGAUGAAGAAGGGCAUCACCACCACUUGGAGAAGGAGGAGGAUAUCCAAAGGAAGCUGUUUGAGGAGAAGCAAAGUAAGGUGGAGACUGUUGCAGAAGAAGUUCUCAGGAAUGAGAGGGAUGAGGAGGAGGAGGAGGUUCCUGCGGUAACUGAAGAGCACGAGCCCGAGCCUGAGCCAGUGCCUCCGCCAGAGGAAGUGAUGAUGGAGACUCCAGUACAGAAAGGAUUUAUGGCUAAGCAGAUGCCUGUUUCCACAGAAGGAAAGAGGAUCAAUCUUCUGCAGAUAUUUGCUGAACUUGAUGAAGAGUUCCUCAAAGCUUCCGAGAGUGCUCAUGAGGUUACAAAGAUGCUUGAGGCCACUCGGCUCCAUUAUCACUCCAAUUUUGCUGAUAAUAAAGGGCACAUUAAUCACUCUGAAAAGGUCAUGCGAGUUAUUACAUGGAAUAGAUCCUUUAAAGGAAUGCCUAAUGUGGAUGAUGGGAAGGAUGAUUCUGACUCAGAUGAGCAAGAUACCCAUGCUGCUGUAUUGGACAAGUUGCUAGCAUGGGAAAAGAAACUUUAUGAUGAAGUAAAGGCUGGUGAACUUAUGAAAUUUGAGUACCAAAAGAAGGUCGCUUCACUAAACAAGCUAAAGAAAAGAGGUACCAACUCUGAUGCAUUGGAGAAAGCAAAAGCAGCAGUCAGUCAUUUGCAUACAAGAUACAUUGUAGAUAUGCAGUCCUUGGAUUCUACAGUCUCAGAGAUUAACCGUUUACGUGAUGAGCAAUUGUAUCCAAAGCUUGUUGAGCUUGUUGAUGGGACGGCCAUUAUGUGGAAAGUCAUGCUAGGUCGCCAUGAGAAGCAAUCAAGCUUUAUGAUGUCGCUGAAAUCCUUGGACAUUUCCCAGUCUCCUACGGACACAAGUGAACAACAUCAUGACCGAACAGGCCAAUUGUUGGUUGUCGCGCAUCAGUGGCAUUCACAUUUUGAGAUGCUAGUUGACAAUCAAAAGAAAUACAUAAAGGCCUUAAACAAUUGGUUAAAAUUAAAUCUUAUCCCUAUCGAGAGCAGUUUGAAGGAAAAGGUUUCUUCUCCCCCAAGAGUUAGGACUCCACCCAUUCAAGGGCUUCUCCAUGCAUGGCAGGAGCGACUAGAGAGGCUUCCCGAUGAGCUUGCCAAGACAGCUAUAGGCAACUUUGCUGCUGUGAUGGAUACUAUUUAUAACAUGCAACAAGACGAGAUGGGUUUGAAGAGAAAAUGUGAGGAUACAAGAAAGGAGCUUGCCCGGAAAACGCGGCAAUUCGAAGAUUGGCAUAACAAGUAUAUGCAAAAGAAAAUACCAGAUGAAUUUGAUCCUGAAAAUGCAGAAGGUAGUCAUGGCCCGGACGAACUUGUUGCAGAGAAGCAGUUCUUGGUUGAACAAAUUAAGAAGAGGUUGGAAGAAGAGGAAGAAGCCUAUGCAACUCAAUGCCACCAAGUGAGGCAAAAGACCUUGGCAAGUCUCAAGAAUCGUAUGCCAGAGCUCUUUAGGGCUAUGCAAGAUUUUUCCCUUGAGUGUUCCAAAAUGUACAAUGAAUUAAGGUCAAUAUCGCACAGCUUUGGCCAAAGCUCAUCAUGAGGGUUGGUUUGUGUUUUUU